AUGCCUACUUUGUUGAUUUCAAGGGGACUUGGCAAAGUAUGGAGCUUUCGCACAAAAAAUAUAUAUACAAACGUGGGACUUGUGAUUGGUGGCACUGGUAUUGCCCCCGCCCAUCAAAUCAUUCGUAGCCUGUUUGCAGAUGCUUCGAGCUCCACAAGUUUCGUCUUGCUGUGUUGUAACAAGACAGAGCAAGACGUUUUGUCGAAGGAUUCCCUGGACCAAUUGGUGCAUGACAACUCGAGAAAGUUUUGCGUAUCUCACUUACCGUCGGAGGCACCGGCAAAUUCUUCUGGGCACAAGGGGAUAAUUUCCAGGGAUGUUAUCCGGGAAUCAAUGCCAACUCGCGACAAAGAUGGCAAGCAUAUGUUGAUUGUGUCUGGGUCUUCCGGUUUUAUGAAUGCUGUGUGCGGAAUGAAGGAAGUUCGCAGCCAGGGAGCCCUACUUGGUUACUUGGAGGACUUGGGCUUCACUGCGGAUAUGCUUCACAAGUUUUGA